GGCACAAGCUGAAUACACAGAAACAAACCAGUAAGUGAAGAAGAGCAUUUAAGCUGACAAGCAGAAAUGCGUGGGAAUGCUAGUAACGACAGUGGAAAAAGCUGCAAGAGAAGAAAAUAUGAGACAGCUAUAUGAUAUAACGAAGAAACUGGUAGGGAUAUAUAGUAAACCAGAGAGACCGAUCAAGGACAAACAAGGCAUGCCAAUCACCGAGAUUCAAGAACAGAGGAACAGAUGGGUGGAGCACUUCGAGGAACUCCUGAAUAAACCAGCUCCAUUGGAUCCACUGAACAUCGAAGCAGCACAUACAGACCUUCCUAUAGAUGUCACUCCACCAACGAUCGGUGAAAUCAGGAUGGUCAGCAGGCAAAUCAAGAGUGGGAAAGUUGCAGGACCUGACAAUAUACCAGUCGCAGCAGUAAAGCCAGACAUAGAAGUAACUUUAAGCAUGCUUCACGUUCUAUUCAGGAGGAUUUGGCAGGAAGAACAAGUACCGAUAGAUUAGAAAGAAGGAUACCUCAUCAAGAUACUGAAGAAAUGAGAUUUGAGAAACUAUAGAGGAAUCACACUGUUAGCAUCAUGAAAAGUUUUCAACAGUGUUAC